AAAGUGCAGUGUGCGGAUUGAAGUUGAACCCAAGGGUGCAGUGAGCGAGCGCUUUGGUCUUUCCGAAGUAGCCGCCGUGUUUUUUGCGCAGCAGAUUCGCGUCCUGCACGCUCCAUUCUUUACCCUUUCCGCCUGCCGACUCAUUCCCAAUACGAAAUAGGGAAAAAAGAAGACACCUUUCGUUUCUUUUUCUUUUCUCUGCUAUUUUUUUCAUCUAUGGUUCCUCACAAUUCUUGAUUCCUUCCGUCGCUUGAUUGAAUUCCGUCUCUGCUUGAGGGAUUUCGCUGCGCACCGAUCCUCAGGUGCUCUUGGUGCCUGUUUGAGAAUUCUUCGCCGAAUUGAAGGUUCAUAAAGGAGAAAGCAGGCCUUUGUUAACUGUGGGAGAUUGAUAACCUGUAGAAACUUUGAAGCUUCUUCCCCUGAUCAAGAAUCAAGAUGAUAAUGUAGUUUUACAUUCAUGACGAAUGACAUCAGUAUUCCUCUUCUAAGGUUCUUACUUGCGAGUUCUACCCUGGAUUAUGGCUACAUUUUCGGAUGGCUUAUUACUGGAUCUUUUGGACUUUUUGCUCUGGUCUAUGCGUUCCUGAAAUGGCAGCGAAAAGCAUCUCUUGAUUGGCUCAAAGCUGCUUCCAGGGCAAAGAAAAAAGCCUGGAAGAAGCUGAAAGUUCCCUUAUCACAUCACACAUGGAUGUACGAUGUUGCUUCCGGUGGACCACCAUCCACAUGCUGUGUCUGCCUAACAUCGCUACUGUAUCCUCAAUCUUUACGAACAAAAUCAACGUCUCAAUCCCCGAUACACCGUUGCUCUGUCUGCGGUGUUGCAAGUCAUCUUCAUUGUUCUCGGUUUGCAGCAAAAGAUUGUAAAUGUGUUGCACAGGCUGGUUAUGAUAAAGUGCAGCAUCACUGGUCAGAAAGAUGGGUCAAUCUGGAUGAAAACCCAGAGAUGUCCGCCUUCUGCUUUUACUGUGAUGAACCUUGUGGCAUGCCCUUUAUUGAUGCCUCUCCAGCUUGGUACUGCGUGUGGUGUCAACGCAUAAUACAUGUUAAGUGCCAAGUCAAAAUGUCCGAAGAAUUUGGUGAUGAUUGUGAUCUAGGUUCUCUUAGAAGAGUAAUUCUUUCUCCACUUUGUGUUAAAAAUACAAAGAGUGAUAUGCUGGGUCCCUCUACCGAAGAAGUCAUUGACCCGACAGUUCGUGGAGAGAGAAGAAAGAAGCAUCAUCGCAGUAAACCUGGAAAUAAUCGAUUGGUUAAUGGAAAGGAGCAAGAAAGUUUUGAUGCCAAAAGAGCAAUUCUCAAUGCUCUAAGGAGUCUUGCGGGAUUCCAUUAUUCUAGCAAUGAGAAAACCAUUAAUCAUUAUACGAAUGCUAGCAAAGGUCCCAUAAACAAUGGCACUCUCUGUGUAUCAGCCAACAAAAAGGAUAGCAGUAACUUCUGUCAAAAAUUGAAGAAGUAUGCCAUUCUAGACAUGCCUUCAGAUGCUAGACCUCUACUAGUCUUUAUAAAUGGCAAAAGUGGAGGACAAAAUGGGCCUACCCUACGCCGAAGAUUGAACAUGCUAUUGAAUCCUAUUCAGGUAAUUGAACUUGGUGCCUCUCAAGGACCGGAGGUUGGGUUAGAACUGUUUAGCAAUGUUCACUACUUUAGGGUUUUGGUUUGCGGAGGUGAUGGCACUGUUGCAUGGGUCCUUGAUGCAAUAGAGAAGUAUAACUAUGAGUUCCCACCUCCAGUUGCUAUUCUUCCUUUAGGAACUGGGAAUGAUUUGUCGAGGGUUUUGCAUUGGGGUGGUGGAUUUUCUGUUAUUGAGGGACAAGGUGCCCUGAGCACAUUUUUACAUGAUGUAGACCAUGCUGCAGUCACAAUGCUUGACCGCUGGAAAGUCAACAUAACAGAAGAAAUGCCCGGAAGCAAGUCCAGUCAAGUGAAAUCCAAGUUUAUGAUGAACUACUUAGGCAUCGGAUGCGACGCAAAGGUUGCAUAUGAAUUUCAUAUGAAUAGGGAAGAAAACCCCGGGAAAUUUUACAGCCAGUUUGUAAAUAAAUUGAGGUAUGCAAAAGAAGGUGCCCGGGAUAUGAUGGAUAGAGCUUGUGCCGAUUUACCAUGGCAAGUUUGGCUUGAGGUUGAUGAGAAAGAUAUCGAGAUACCAAAAGAUGCGGAGGGCUUAAUUGUUCUGAACAUUGGCAGCUAUAUGGGCGGAGUUGAACUCUGGCAAAAUGAUUAUGAACAUGAUGACAAUUUCAAUCAGCAGUGCAUGCACGACAAAAUGCUUGAGGUUGUUUGUGUUACUGGAUCAUGGCACCUUGGCAAGCUCCAGGUUGGACUAUCACAAGCAACUAGAUUGGCACAAGGGAAAGUUGUAAAAAUACACGUUUCAAGUCCUUUCCCAGUGCAGAUUGAUGGGGAGCCAUUUAUACAACAGCCCGGAUGCCUAGAAAUAACACAUCACGGCCAGGUGUUUAUGCUGCGAAGAGCAUCGGGAACGAAUGAACCAAGAGGGCAUGCUGCAGCCAUUAUGACGGAGGUUUUGGCGGAUGCAGAGUGCAACGGUGUAAUCAAUGCGUCUCAGAAGAAACUACUGCUGCAGGAGAUCGCCCUUCAGCUUUCUUGAUCAUCUUUCCCAACCCUCCACAAAUUUUGCUGACCUCUCUUCGUCCUCCACACUUGUUAUUAUUUUGUUUUCUUUCCUCUUGUUUUUGCGUCCAAAGUUCAUUAUGAACCAACUGCUGCACCUUAUAGUGUAGAACAUGACAACAUUUUAAUUUACGAAAGGAAAGGGAAAGAUAUCCCCAAGUUUUGAAGUUAGGCAGGCAUGGCAUACAAAGGGAAGAAAUACUGUUGUCGCUCGGGCAUGGGCAUGGGCAUGUAACACGAAUGUACAUUGCAAGAAUGGUAUCAUAUCAUUCAUUUUA